UCGUCGUCAUCCUCUUCACCGUCCUCAUCCUCGCUGACAGCUGCUGUCAUGCUAACACUGGCCGACCCGACGGUUUCAGGCGCUUCGCAAAACUCUGGGGUUUCCGUGGAGUGCAGGCAUUUGCAAUGAACAGUCCCAUGGUGCCUUCGUCACUCGCAGAGGGGUCCUUCCAUCGCUCAGUGGUGCGGCCACGUGGAUCAGAAUCAGGAUUCGCCGUUCUGAUGAUGGGGGGCAAAUCGAGCGCGAUCGCUGCGGGCGUGUGUGGGACGCUGAUCAUCGGGUACUGUAUCUAUUUCGACAGAAAAAGACGAAGCGAUCCUAAUUUCAAAACGAGACUGCGUGAACGAAGAAGACCACAGAAAGCUGCUCAGCUACCAGAUCUUAAAGAUGCAGAGGCCGUGCAGAAAUUCUUCCUUGAUGAGAUUCAGCUGGGAGAGGAGCUGCUGGCACAGGGAGACUAUGAGAAGGGUGUGGACCACCUGACCAAUGCCAUCGCUAUAUGUGACCAACCCCAGCAGCUUCUACAGGUGCUCCAGCAAACCUUACCACCUCCAGUCUUCUAUAUACUUGCCAAACUGCCGUCCAUCAGCCAGCACAUAGUAAGUGCUCAGAGCCUGGAGGAAGAUGAUGUUGAGUAAAAAUCUAAAGCUGGCUUGGCAAUGGACCUACUGAACAAACAGAGGCUUCUUCAAUGUGUCUCGUUUGUCUUUUAUUUAUCAUUCCCAUUCCUGUGAUAGUUCGAUCAACAAUACUGACUACUGCACUUUUGUUUCCUGGUUGUUUGAAUUGCAGAAUGAUAGUUUAUGUAGAGUGGGUGAAUGUUAAUUUUAUUCUAUUUCCAGGCAUGAUAACGUCACGACAGAUCUCAAGUUAAACACUCAAUUUUGUUUGUAAGAUCAAGGCUUUUCUGGACACUUGUUCUUAAAGCUGAUAGCUACUUUUUUUUAUAUAAUUACUCACUAAACUGUUGACUACUGAUAACAUGCACUCAGCAAAUGUCAGUUUAUAUGUUAUAUGUUCAUAUGUACAUAAGCAAAAGUUUUAAGGACAUUCAAAGAUUCUGUUGGUUCAUUUUGUCUUAUGUUCUUGUUUGCAUGUCAGACAUUCUUGUUGCGAGUACUAAAUAAAAAUGUUUAUUUUUGUAUGAUCCAGACUAAAAACACAAAGGAAUUGUCCUUUUUUUGUAUUCAAUAAAUACAAUUAAUUAACUGUA